AUGCUUUUCUCCCAGCGAAAUAAAUAUCUCAUUAUCCUUAUCUAUCUAUCUAUCUAUCUAUCUAUCUAUCUAUCUAUCUAUCUCAGUCUGUUCAUAUCUAUCUAUUUAUAUAUCUAUCUCAGUCUGUUGAUUAUCUAUCUAUCUCAGCUUCCAUAUCUAUCUAUCUCAUCUGUUCAUAACAAUCUAUCUAUCUAUCUAUCUAUCUAUCUAUCUAUCUAUCUCAGUCUUCAUAUUUAUCUCACUCUGUUCAUAUCUAUCUAUCUAUCUAUCUAUCUAUCUAUCUAUCUCAGUCUGUUCAUAUCUAUAUAUUUAUAUAUCUAUCUCAGUCUGUUCAUUAUCUACCUAUUUAUCUAUCUCAGUUUUCAUAUCUAUCUAUCUCAGUCUGUUCAUAACAAUCUAUCUCGGUCUUCAUAUUUAUCUCAGUCUGUUCAUAUCUAUCUAUCUAUAUAUCUAUCUAUCUCAGUCUGUUCAUAUCUAUCUAUCUGA